AUGGCAUCUGUAGCUUGUGAACUCAUUUGGCUGAAAGCUUUAUUGCUUGAACUCGGUAUCUCACAUCCUUCUCCUAUCGUGUUGUACUGUGAUAAUCAAGCAGCCAUGCAUAUUGCUGCCAAUCCAGUAUUUCAUGAACGCACCAAACACAUUGAAGUGGAUUACCACUUCAUUAGAAAUCAAGUUCAAGCCAAGGUUAUGGAGACUGUGUAUACCCGGUCCUGUGAUCAAAUUGCCGAUCUCUUUACCAAGAUCCUUUCCUCUGCACAGUUUGAACGUCUUCUUUCCAAGCUUGGAUUAACCAAAAAAUGGGAGACUCUCCAAUUUGAUGACCUUAAAGUUCAAAGAAACGAGGUGCUUGCUGUAAACUGUCUAUGCCGAUUUAAGUAUCUCCUUGAUGAGUCAGUUAUAGUACCCAGUCCGAGGGAUACUGUUCUAAAAUUAGUUAGGAAGUUGAAUCCUGAUGUCUUUGUCCAAAGUGUUGUUAAUGGAUCCCAUCAUGCACCAUUCUUUGUUACACGCUUUCGAGCGGCACUAUACCACUUCUCUGCAUUGUUUGAUUUGUUGGAUGCUAAUAUUCUUCGCGAAGAUCAAAUGAGAUUGGGGUUUGAGAAAGAGUUGAUAGGACGUGAAGUUUUGAAUAUUGUUGCUUGUGAGGGCUCUAAAAGAAUAGUGAGGUCAGAAACAUAUCAGCAGUGGCAGAUUCGGAACAUGAGGGCUGGUUUCAGACAACUGCCAUUGGAUGGUGAAGUCAUGAAGAAUAUAAAUGAUAAGGUGGACUCGAGCAGCUGUUAUCUCCAUAUCACUGGCUCACUGCCCCAAGUUUGUGGAAAUGGAAGAGCAGCAACUGUUAUAGUUGUAGUUGUUGUAUUGUGGUACUGA